CGGUUGGCUGCUGUUAUUACGUUGCUAGAGAAGAGAAAUUGCUGUUCAUGGAAGAGGCUAAGACAGGCGGAUUGCAACUUGUGGACGGCCUGAAACUCUACAUUGAACCCACAGUCGUUCUUCUUCCGUCAAGGAUAGAUGAAAAUGUAGAAGCUCGAUUUUUAUCUGGAGGGACCUCUAAAAGGGGCUCUGAUUCCGACGAAGGUUUGAAAAAUUUCUCCAAGGUGCUUCCAAAGAAAUAUUGAUCUUUAGAUAUUGCAGUGGAUCAGUUCUCCCUUCCUUAUAUUAUCGAUACUAGGCCCUCUACAGAAUUUGACUAUGAAACAUCAAAAAGCAAACUGAUUAGUCUCGGAAUACGGCCAG